AUGGAAGUUGGCGCAUCUAUAGUCGGUUUACUCUCGGCAGGGGCGAGCAUCGCCAUCGCGAUAAACGAUUUCGUAACUAGCUGCAAUAAUGCACCACUUUUUGCGCAGUCGAUUCUUCACGAAACGCUCGAAUUUGGCUACGCCCUUGAGAAAUUGCAACGUUUAGUCGUAGGACCACAAGCUAACGCGCUCCACCAGUCAAGGACAUCAAUGAUUGAUGUCAACCAUCUUUCAUUGACACUGGUUGGAUGUGUUUGCACGUUUUCAAAACUUGAGAAGGAGAUUCAGCGCAUGAAGCUUAGCGGUAAAUUUGGCAUCUUGGAUCGUGUGAAAUGGUCCUUCAUAGAGCGAGAUGUUGGCUUGAUCAUCCAACGCAUCCAGAACCACAAAAUGUCCUUGAUGCUGAUUCUCACUAUCCUGAACGGAUCGGCCACCGAAGUAGCCAGCAGUCGAGAGAGUCUUGAUACGCAUCUGUCCAGAACAAUGUCCGAUGCUCCAGGUUCCAUGCUUAUUGAUGAUGACUCAAGCUCAGUCACGAGCAACUCCAGCCUUUCCCGGAAGUUAUACCGCCAUGCUUUCGAGUCCACACUGUUUGUUAGUCGUCCGUAUGUUAGAGGGAGGAGAUUCGACGAUGCUCAAUCGGCGCUCUCUAUUGCAACGUCACAGCGGCCAAAGGGGUGGUGGUCUUUAUAUACCGCAAAGUCCAACGAUUCAGUGUUUUCUUUACCAGUAUCCGUCACAGCAAUCUCGGGCACGAGCCUUGCUGAUAUACCAUCUAUUUGUAACUUAUCAUUGCGGGUGCCCCCUGAUGCCCUAUUGAACUCUCGUCGGGACCCCUUCAAGCCCAGAGACCCCGGAGACCCUUCCUCUCCCCGUCCCAGUGGCUCCACCGAUCACGAUAGACUGACUCCGAGGAAUGAUACUUACCACUUAAUUUCAUUCCGCCCUUUUCUGCUUAAAGCUGCUAGCAAAGGGCUUGAUACAACAGUGACAAUGCUUCUAGACAACACAGCAGAUAUGACUAUUGAAAAAACGCAGCGUCACCUGGAUGAUGCGCUACACGAGGCGGUGGUGAAUGGGUGCGCACAAGUCAUACGUGUGCUGCUGGAGCGAGGGGCACAUUGGUCAUCGAGAGUAAUCGGUCAUUUUACGGGAUCAUCGCUGCUGAGUGCGCUUAAACACGGGCAGAAUGAAAAGACUGAGCUCUUACUAGAAAGGGGUGCCAGUCCGGCGAUUGAAGCACGGGAUUCAAGUGGAUCUACGGCUCUGGAUGUAGCGAUUAAAGAUGCGAGAAGUGAUGUGAUAGGGUUCCUAUCAAAUAGAGAUUCGGCUGCUAAAGGAGUUGAUGGAGAUGGAUAUGCACCACUACAUCUGGCUGUGCGCUAUAUACAUAGCGAAAGCAUCGUGGAGCUCCUUCUGGACCGAAACGCAGCGAUUGAGGCAAGAACCACAGGUGGAUAUACACCCCUACAUCUGGCGGUGAAAUAUGGCAUGGUCGGGGACACCGUAAAGUUCCUGCUAGCCCGAGGGGCGGAUAUCGAGGCAGAAACCGGUAUACAUGAUAGAGCUCUACAUCUGGCGGUGGCGUCUAAGAAUGCUGAAAUUACGGAGCUCCUACUGGACCAAGGCGCGGCGAUUGAGGCAAGAGAUAAAGAGGGAUGCACACCCCUACAUCUGGCGGUGAAACAUGGUAGGAAGGAUACCGUAAAGCUCCUGCUAGACCGAGGGGCGGAUAUCGAGGCAGAAACCGAUACACAUGAUAGAGCUCUACAUCUGGCGGUGGCGCCUAAGAAUAUUGACAUUACGGAGCUCCUACUAGACCAAGGCGCGGCGAUUGAGGCAAGAAACAAUAAUGGACACACACCCCUACAGCUGGCGGUGAUAUCUAGCGACAGGAGGGCUAUAAGGAUCCUGCUAGACCGAGGGGCGGAUAUCGAGGCAGAAACCAAUACACAUGAUAGAUCUCUACAUCUAGCGGCGGAUAAGUUUGAGAUUACGGAGCUCCUACUAGACCAAGGCGCGGCGAUUGAGGCAAGAAACAAUAAUGGACACACACCCCUACAUCUGGCGGUGAAACGUGGUAGGAAGGAUACCGUAAAGCUCCUGCUAGCCCGAGGGGCUGAUAUCGAGGCAGAAACCGAUACACAUGAUAGAGCUCUACAUCUGGCGGUGGCGCCUAAGAAUAUUGACAUUACGGAGCUCCUACUAGACCAAGGCGCGGCGAUUGAGGCAAGAAACAAUAAUGGACACACAACCCUACAUCUGGCGGUGAUAUAUAGCAACAGGAGGGCUAUAAGGCUCCUGCUAGACCGAGGGGCGGAUAUCGAGGCAGAAACCGAUACAUAUAUUAGAUCUCUACAUCUAGCGGCGGCGUCUAAAAUUACGGAGCUCCUACUGGACCAAGGCGCGGCGAUUGAGGCAAGAAAUAAAGAGGGAUGCACACCCCUACAUCUGGCGGUGAAACGUGGUAGGAAGGAUACCGUAAAGCUCCUGCUAGCCCGAGGGGCGGAUAUCGAGGCAGAAACCGAUACACAUGAUAGAGCUCUACAUCUGGCGGUGAUAUAUAGCAACCUAGACCGAGGGGCGGAUAUCGAGGCAGAAACCGUUACAUAUAUUAGAUCUCUACAUCCAGCGGCGGCGUCUAAAAUUACGGAGCUCCUACUGGACCAAGGCGCGGCGAUUGAGGCAAGAAAUAAAGAGGGAUGCACACCCCUACAUCUGGCGGUGAAACAUGGUAGGAAGGAUACCGUAAAGCUCCUGCUAGACCGAGGGGCGGAUAUCGAGGCAGAAACCGAUACACAUGAUAGAGCUCUACAUCUGGCGGUGGCGUCCAAGAAUAUUGACAUUACGGAGCUCCUCCUGGACCAAGGUGCGGCGAUUGAGGUGACAAACGAAGAUGGAUAUACGCCUCUGCAUACUGCUGUGUUAAAUGGAAAGACGGAUAUCGUAGGUCGCCUGCUAGAUCAAGGUGCGGACAUCGAAGCAAGAUCCCCGACCGGACGAACACCGUUACAUUUCGCCGUCAGCUUUAAUAAAGAGGGAAUUAUCAAGCUUCUACUUCGUCGUGGAGCAGAUGUAAGGGCGAAGGAUAACGCUGAGGAUACCCCCUUAGAUCUGGCAACGUCCACGACUGGGAACAAUGAUAUUAUGCGGCUCCUCUUGCGCUCGGAACCAGCUACAAGUGCCGGUACAUCAUCAGCUCGCUCAAAUGUAGCCUGA